UCUUAUUCAGGCCCAACUAGGAUGCAUUCCUGUACAAGAUUUUGCUUUGACACAAGACACAGCGAAGAUUUUUAGAAAUGGCUCACGAAUUGCAAGAUGGUUGUCAGAUUUUGUGGCUGCUCAGGAGAAGAAGUUCACUGCUCUAUUGAAUAGUUUGAUUUUAGCUAAAUGUUUUAGGUGUAAACUUUGGGAAAACUCUCUGUAUGUAUCCAAACAGCUGGAAAAAAUUGGUAUAACAUUGUCAAAUGCCAUGGUAAAUGCAGGUUUGACCUCCUUUAAAAAAAUAGAAGCAACAGAUGCCAGAGAACUUGAACUGAUCUUAAAUAGACAUCCCCCUUUUGGAACCCAAAUAAAAGAAGCUGUGAUGCAUUUACCAAAAUAUGAACUUGAAGUACAACAGAUUGCAAGAUAUAGCGAUACCAUGGCGGAAAUAGUGACCAUUAUAUUAAAAAACUUUGAUCAGCUACAAACUAAAAGAACAGCACCAGAUUCUCACUAUACUACAUUAAUUAUAGGUGAUGCGGAUAACCAAGUAGUUUUUAAGUACAAAAUUAUGGAUUCUGUUUUGCUAAAAACUGGAAAUUGGGUUAAAAAAAUUGAUGUGAAGAGAGCUCUUCUAUCUGAAGAUCUUAGCAUAAAUCUAAUUAGUUCUGAUUUUGUUGGACUUGAUAUUCAGCAGAAAUUUACGAUCUUUUACCUAGGACCCAAGAGGUUUGGAAAUCAAAUAAUUAUGCAAAGAAAAUCAGAAACAGAGAUUUCUCAUUCUAUACAUCCAGGUAGAGCUAAUGUAACAGGACCUAGUAAAGCAAUGACUCCCUGCAAAAAACCUGGGAACCGAGAAUGCAAUCAUCAUUGUAAAAAUAAACAUACAUGUGGACAUGAUUGCUGUAAAACUGGAGUUGCUCAGAAGUCAGAGGUUAAAGAGUCAGCAAUUUCUUCAUAUUUGUCUGACUUAAGAAACAGGAAUGCUGUUUCAUCUCUUCCUCCAGUUAAGCGUCUCAAGAUACAGAUGAAUAAAUCUCAAAGUAUGGACCUUAAAAGGUUUGGUUUUACUCCAAAACCUUCCCUUCCCAGUAUAUCAAGGUACAAAUAUGUCAAUAUCUCUGAAUUGCCUAUAAUGGAGCAGUGGGAUCAGCAUGAAAUCUAUGAAAAAGUUCAACAAGAACCAUCUGAAUAUCAAGGCAAAGAAAUUUUGAAUGUGAACUUUGAAUUGGGAAAUGAAGUUUGGGAUGAUUUUGAUGAUGAAAACUUAAUAGAAGCUACUAUCUUUUCAACUGAUACUGAGAAGACAAAGAUACCAGGAUUUGGAAAAACUUUGGAUUCAAGUACCAGGGGAAGGAAACUACCCCUCCAAGAGUCAAAGAACACAAUCCAAAAAGAAAUGUCAAACAGUUUUGUUUCAUCACACGAGAAGCCAGAUAUUUAUUUUUCAAAUUGUGCUAUGUCCAAGUUCAGUCCAUCCUCUGAAACACAAUUGCCUGAACACACUGGAGAUGAACAUAUUGUGCAUUUACAAGAAAGGAAACAGCAACAAAGUCUGUCACCAGAGAUUGAGAAGCUUUCCUUUCCUCACUCCAAAAAGAAAUCAAAUUCUUAUACUUUUAAGAAAGGGGAUUUUUUCAUUAGAAACAGUGACUCUAAAAAGGAAAUUGAUUUCAGUGGUUAUCAUCCUGAUGAUGAUGCUGAUGAAAUGAAGACUUUCCUAGGAAUAUUUGAUGGCAUUUUCUAAAACAGACA